AUGAAAACCGAAGACGUACUAAGCAAACAAGACAUUUCGACCCUUCAAAUGAUGAUAGAGACAUUUUCCCCAAAAGCAGAGUUACCAGACGACUCCGAUUUAUUAUGUGCGAUUCUAAUGAAAAAAAUUGAAGAGGAAGGAAUCGUCGUGAUGUUUGACGAUCUCAAAGUGACAACCUUGAGAGAGGUGUGCGAAACGCUCUUUGGAGAAAAGAAGAAAAAUACGAGACUUGCAAUGAUACACAAACUCACAAAUCUCGUCAAAGAAAAAGGAGCAAAGGAAUUUUUUAAAAUCGCGCCCGAGGCUAUCAAACAAGGACUAUUUGCCAAUGUUGCGGAGGAUAUCAAUGAUGAAAAAUCCUUCAUGGAACAAGCAAGACUCACAGGAUUUGCAAAUUUGUUGAAUUCGUUUGAUAUUAAACUCAACACACUUAUCAUAGAAAAGUUUGUCAAGAAGGGGAGCUAUAAGAAGAAGGACAUUAUAGGUUUCUUGAUCGACGAUGAGGAGCUGUAA